CUUUGCAGUUCGUCUGUCAUGGCGGACUCGAAAUACCCUGCGAUUGUGUAUAAAAAAUCCAUCUGAAUCAUUAACAUUUCGCGUCCAUCCUCAAAAGGAAAGGUGUAGUAUAAGUCAUAAUUAAUUGAAGAUUACGUAGAAGUCAUGUAUGACCCAGAAGAUGAAGUUGGCUAUGGAGAGGAGGAGGGAGAAGAAAUUACUCGAGAUUUAUGGCAGGAAGCUUGCUGGAUUGUCAUUAGCUCGUAUUUUGACGAAAAAGGCCUUGUUCGACAGCAGUUGGAUUCCUUUGACGAGUUUAUCCAGAUGUCUGUGCAAAGAAUUGUCGAAGACUCUCCUGAAAUUGAUCUGCAAGCGGAGUCGCUUCACAUGACUGCAGAUACUGAAACUCCACCAAGAUUCUUACUGAAGUUUGAACAAAUUUAUCUGUCAAAACCAACUCACUGGGAAAAAGAUGGUGCUCCAAGUCCUAUGAUGCCAAAUGAAGCAAGGCUACGCAAUCUAACUUAUUCAGCCCCUCUUUAUGUUGACAUCACAAAAACAAUGAUUAGAGAAGAUGACGAACCUCAAGUCACCCAACAUAGUAAAAUGUUCAUUGGAAAAAUACCAAUCAUGUUGCGAUCCACUUACUGCCUCUUGAGUGGUUUGACAGAUCGUGACUUGACAGAACUUAAUGAGUGUCCUCUUGACCCUGGAGGCUACUUCAUUAUUAAUGGAUCUGAAAAAGUGUUGAUUGCCCAAGAGAAAAUGGCUACAAAUACAGUAUAUGUAUUCUCCAAGAAGGAUUCAAAAUAUUCAUUUACCGCAGAGAUUAGAUCAUGCUUGGAGCAUUCUUCAAGACCAACAAGCACCAUGUGGGUGUCCAUGUUAGCCAAGGGAAGUCAAGGAGGUCGCAAAAGUGCUAUUGGCCAGAGGAUUGUUGGUUCUUUGCCAUAUAUCAGACAAGAAAUCCCCAUUAUGAUUGUAUUCAGAGCUCUGGGUUUUGUUGCUGAUCGGGAUAUUCUAGAGCAUAUCAUUUAUGACUUUGAUGAUCCUGAAAUGAUGGAAAUGGUAAAACCAUCUUUAGAUGAGGCAUUUGUUAUUCAAGAACAGAAUGUGGCUUUGAACUUUAUUGGUUCUCGUGGUGCCAAACCUGGUGUUACAAAGGAGAGGCGUAUCAAAUAUGCCAAGGAAAUCCUUCAGAAGGAAAUGCUCCCUCAUGUUGGUGUUAGUGAUUUUUGUGAAACCAAGAAAGCUUACUUCCUGGGAUACAUGGUUCAUAGGCUACUGUUGGCAGCACUUGGUCGUAGGGAACUGGAUGAUCGGGAUCAUUACGGGAAUAAACGGCUUGACCUUGCAGGGCCACUGCUUGCUUUUCUCUUCCGAGGACUCUUCAGAAAUCUCAUGAAAGAAGUCAGAAUGUAUGCCCAGAAGUUUAUUGAUAGAGGAAAGGACUUCAACAUAGAACUAGCUCUGAAACCUAAAGUGAUCACAGAUGGUCUGAGAUACUCUCUGGCCACUGGAAACUGGGGUGACCAGAAGAAAGCUCAUCAGUCCCGUGCAGGUGUGUCUCAGGUACUCAGUAGACUGACCUUUGCCUCCACAUUAUCCCACUUGCGUCGUCUAAACUCACCCAUUGGUCGAGAAGGUAAGCUUGCACGUCCACGGCAGCUCCAUAACACCCAUUGGGGGAUGAUUUGCCCAGCAGAAACCCCUGAAGGUCAUGCUGUUGGACUGGUGAAGAACUUGGCUUUGAUGGCUUAUAUUUCUGUUGGUUCCCAACCAAGUCCUAUCUUGGAGUUCUUGGAGGAAUGGACCAUGGAGAAUUUGGAAGAAAUAACCCCAUCUGCUAUUAGCAAUGCAACCAAGAUUUUUGUGAAUGGAUGUUGGGUUGGAAUUCAUCGAGAUCCAGAUCAGCUCAUGAGCACAUUAAGGAAGUUGAGGAGGCAGAUGGACAUCAUUGUGUCUGAGGUGUCAAUGGUGAGAGACUUCAGAGAACGAGAAAUUAGAAUUUACACAGAUGCUGGUAGGAUUUGCCGUCCGUUGUUGAUUGUUGAAAACCAAAAAUUGUUGCUGAAGAAACACCACAUCGAUCAGUUAAAGGAGAGAGAGUACAAUGAGUACAGCUGGCAAGACUUGGUGGCAGGUGGAAUUGUAGAGUAUAUUGAUGUAAAUGAAGAAGAGACAGUGAUGGUAGCCAUGACUCCUGAUGAAUUGGUAGAGAAAGGCCAGGCUUACUGUUCAACAUACACUCACUGUGAAAUUCAUCCUGCCAUGAUCCUGGGAGUGUGUGCCUCUAUUAUUCCAUUUCCAGAUCACAAUCAGUCUCCUCGUAAUACCUACCAGUCUGCUAUGGGUAAACAAGCCAUGGGUGUGUACAUCACUAACUUCCAUGUGCGUAUGGACACAUUGGCUCAUGUGUUGUACUACCCUCAGAAACCUUUGGUCACCACUCGUUCUAUGGAGUAUCUCAGAUUCAGAGAACUGCCCGCAGGAAUCAAUGCUAUAGCAGCAAUUGCAUCAUACACAGGAUACAAUCAAGAAGAUUCAGUCAUCAUGAACGCUUCAGCUAUUGAUAGAGGGCUUUACAGGUCUGUGUUUUACCGCUCAUACCGAGAUCAAGAAUCCAAGAGAGGAAUGGACCAAGAAGAAACGUUUGAAAAACCAACCAGAGAGACAUGUCAAGGUAUGAGGAAUGCAACUUAUGAUAAACUUGACGAUGAUGGCCUCAUAGCACCUGGUACUAGAGUUAGUGGUGAUGAUGUCAUUGUAGGAAAGACCAUCACUCUGCCAGAAAAUGAUGAUGAGCUGGAAGGGACAACUCGGAGGUUUAGCAAGAAAGACUCUAGCACAUUCUUGCGUCCAAGUGAGACAGGGAUUGUGGAUCAGGUAAUGGUCACCAUCAACCAGGAAGGUUACAAGUUUACUAAGAUUAAGGUUCGCUCUGUUCGUGUUCCUCAAAUCGGAGACAAGUUUGCCAGUCGGCAUGGUCAGAAGGGAACUUGUGGAAUAACGUAUCGUCAAGAGGACAUGCCAUUUACGUGUGAAGGGAUCACUCCUGAUGUGAUAAUCAACCCUCAUGCCAUUCCCAGCCGUAUGACAAUCGGUCACUUGAUCGAGUGUCUACAAGGAAAGGUGUCAGCUAACAAAGGAGAGAUAGGUGAUGCCACACCCUUCAACGACGCUGUGAACGUCCAGAAAGUUUCUCAACUGCUCAACGACUAUGGAUACCAUCUGAGAGGCAAUGAGGUCUUAUACAAUGGCUUUACUGGGCGAAAGUUGAACGCGCAAGUAUUCUUGGGUCCAACGUACUAUCAGCGCUUGAAGCACAUGGUGGACGAUAAGAUCCACUCUCGGGCCAGAGGUCCAGUCCAGAUUCUUACUCGACAGCCUAUGGAGGGACGAUCACGUGACGGUGGUCUCCGUUUCGGUGAGAUGGAACGUGACUGUAUGAUUGCACACGGCGCUGCACAGUUCCUGAAUGAACGACUGUUUGAAGUGUCUGAUCCAUAUAGCUGUCACGUGUGUAACUUGUGUGGAUUGAUCGCGAUAGCGAACUUGCGCAAUAACACCUUUGAAUGUAGAGGUUGUAAGAACAAGACGCAGGUGUCCCGUAUUCGUAUGCCCUACGCGGCAAAGCUUCUUUUCCAAGAGCUUAUGUCCAUGAGCAUUGCUCCCAGAAUGAUGGUGUGUGAUCCAGUUAAAUGAGCUACGCUCAUCCUGGCUCCUCACACUGUGAUUUGUGCAUCAAGUUGUCAUUCUGUUGAUGUUUAACGUAAGCUUCCUUAAAUCAGUCAGUCUGAACAUGAAUUAUGCAACUUAGUUGCCGGGAAUGAGAAGUUCGGUAGAGCUAACCACUUUGGCAAGCUUGUAAUGUAGCUUACUAACUGGAGCGUUGCGGUAUACUUGACCCCCAAUGUAAACUAAAAUCCUGCAUUCCCUGUGGGUUGGUGAACCUUGAGUAACAUGUGCACCCCGCCCCCCUUAUGGAACGUUUCUUGGUUUGUCCCAAGGGAGGAGAAGGAUCCUCAGGGUGAAUGUGACCCCCCGCUCGGUAAAAAAUAGUAAUAAUUUAAAACAACUUGAAUUCUGACGUGUAUUUAGUAAGACACGAAAUGGCAUUUAGGUCCUUCAUGUUAUGUAGAGUCCCCCUGACAUACCCAGAACAGUGGCUUCCUUUCUGCGCAAGCUUCCACCUGAUAAACACUCUAUUCAUGCACUCCUUGAAAUUCUGCUAACACCCUUUGAGCUUUACGAGAAACCUCUCAUAGCUGUCCGGUUUCAGUGUGGGAACGUUUAAAAAUAAUCGCGCAACCCCGAACUCCUUGUACGUGAUUAGCAACUCUUCCUUACAAACCAAGAUUAUUUAGGGCAAUAUCCCUUUCCGAUGAUAGUUCUAUUGAGUCUCUUCACUGUUUCCUCUAGCAACCUACUGAUAUCGUAAAGAGGUAAAGAGAAGGUACAUGUUUAUCACUUUCGUAACACUCGUUACUCUGAUACUAGUAGAAAAAGUAAAUUAAAGAGCAACCUCUUGCACUGAUUGAGGAGCGGUUUUCUUAACUCGCUCUUUUCUUUUUUGAUGUAAAUGACUGAAACAAAUCCUGGCUCGUC